AAUCUCGCGCACAUGCAUCAUCCACUCAUUGGGGAGGAUGUACUCGCUCUGUGUACUGCUGCGUACUAAUAUUAGAGUUAUCACCACCACACUCGUUGACGACAAACACCCUCGUACUAUCGCACUUAGUUGAAUCCUUCCUCAGUCGCGGCCCGCGAAUCACCGCGAUCACUGCUCCGAGUGCAUUCUCUUAUUCAGUGGUUAUUAUUUUACUAAAGACACUUUUUUAUUUUUUUUUUUUGACAAUGUACUUUCUUGAGUGAUCGGUGAACUUUUAGAAGCUUUAAGCUCUCAAUCGUGGACUCUAGUGAACGUUUUUAUAUUGUCAAAAAAUAUAUAUUUAUUUAUCAACAAGACUUAAGCAGACUGGCUCCUGAAGACAUCUAAUCUGGUCAUCAGAAAGCUCUCGGCCCAAUCUUCGGGCCACCAAGAUUUUCAUGUUCACUAAUUUUUAUAAAUCAGGGUCGGGAUUGGAGAUAGACAAGAUGGACCAGCAGUAUUGCCUACGGUGGAACAAUCAUCCAGCGAAUUUAACGGACGUAUUAAGUUCUCUGUUGGCUCGAGAAGCUCUAUGUGAUGUUACAUUAGCGUGUGUUGGUGAAACGUUCAAGGCACAUCAGACAAUACUUUCGGCAUGUAGCCCGUACUUUGAAAAUAUAUUCCUGCAAAACACCCAUCCGCACCCGAUAAUAUUCCUCAAGGAUGUCAAUGACACGGAGAUGAAAGCCCUUUUGCAUUUUAUGUACAAGGGCGAAGUUAAUGUUAGUCAGCAUCUGCUGCCCAUGUUCUUAAAAACGGCAGAGGCGUUACAGAUACGUGGACUCACUGAUAAUAGUGUAAAUAAUAAGAACAACGACGACAAAAGCUCGUCCCCAGAGCCUGACCAAACGCAGACAAGCGCUAGGCAUGCAGACUCACCUAACCUACAACCACAUCCUGAGAAGAGGAAAAGAAAAGUAUCGGGAACUAAUUAUGAUGUCUCGAUGACUGGUGGACCUCCUAGUGAACGUUUCUUAUCUGAUUCUCAGGCAUCGUCUCAAUGUAGUUACAAAUCAAGUCCUACAGUGAUUCCAAAGUCAAACAAUACACUGGGCGGUGAUUUAGAAGAUGGAAGCCGAGCAAUAUCACCGUCAUCUCAGGCACAAACAACAAUCAAGCAGGAACUCGAUCACCACAUGCCUGACUUCCACGACAACAUUUCUCUACCCGGUCAUCCAGUUGGAAUGCUAGGCGAAGACGGAGGACCAACCGCGGGGGCACUUAGCGAUGGUGUACCUGGUAUGGAACCUUCUGAGCACCAUAAUCCCCCGGAAAUGCUCGACGGACUUGAUGGUUCAAAAGCCUGGCACAUGCGGCUGACCUUUGACCGGGUGCCAGGCGGCUGCAACCUACACAGGUGCAAGCUGUGCGGCAAGGUCGUGACGCACAUCAGGAACCAUUACCACGUCCACUUCCCUGGCAGGUUUGAGUGUCCUCUCUGUCGUGCCACGUACACACGUAGUGACAAUCUGCGAACUCACUUUAAAUUUAAACACCCCGAGUCAAGAAAAAUAGACCUUAAUGAUUUUGUCGCCAGCUCAUUGGCUCUCUCCGCGUCAAACAAUGAUACGAUGAACACCUUGUCAUAAGACGAGCUUGCGUGGGUGCGCGGUGCGUACGUACGCCCACGCAACGUGGAUGCCCAACAACUACCGCCACAACCGCCACCACCACCGCAGAACUGGCGCGUGCCGGCCCUCAUUCGUGAUACCGAAUUUUUAAAUAAUAUUCAUAAUAAUAACAUUAAUAAUAAUAGUAAUAAUAAUAAUAAUAAUAAUAUUAUUAUUAAUAAUAAUAGUAAUAAUCUUAAUAAUAAUAAUUCUAUAACUCAUAAUAAUAACAAUUUAAAUCCGAGUCUAUUUACGCCUGGAUGGCCGGCUUCGUUUUUACUGUUCAAUCAUUUCUUCUCUGAACACCAAAUCUUGUAGGUUUUACGCUUAUCAUCAUUUAUAUACAUAUUUUAAUAUUUAUAUAUAUAUAUAUAUAUCGUGUCUUUGAUAUCAAAGGCCGAUUAAUGUUUUUAUGUUCUCACUUUUUACGGCGCUUUUAUUUUUACCAAAAAGGCAUAAAUA